CGACGAAAUCAGGAAAGCGACUUGGUACAGAUGUUUUAUUGGGAAUCAGUUUACCAAGAUCAUUUCAGUCGAUUUAUUUCCCUCUCGGGGACAGACAACUUGAGCUUCAUCUCCAGCUUCGUCAGAGCGAGGGGUAGCUGUUGACGACAACAAAAUGCCACCCUAUUCAGCUCGCAACAAAGUCCCGACCAUCCAAAAGCUUGGAAAAGAGCUCGCAGAACGACUCAAUCUCCAGCAGGCAGAUGCAUCCAAGGCCGCGUCUGGAAAGGAUUCUGAGAAGAUUGCCAAAGCAAAAGCAGCAUCACGAAGAAAAGUAAUUGAUCCGACGACGAAGAAUGAGGUCAUAAUACAGGAUGUAGAUGGAGACUUCGAAGCAUCAAUUCGAAAGCCAACAAUUACUGUCCCCAAUCCCACAAAUCUGCCAAAGGGCUUUGGAGAAGAAUUCAGACAGACGCUCGAUGAACUUGCCCCACCUGAAGCCGAUCCAGGCAGAACGAAAGACUUCCUACAUCGGUCGACAAAUAGGGAGGUCAUAUAUCAUCCAGUCCCCAUUGCCGACCUUCAACGUUCAUUCUAUGCUCUCGAAGGAGCUGUGCGGGCAACUGAAAUUGGAGUGGUAAUUGGGACUGUUGUUCUGAAUGGAUUAUUCUUGGGCUGGGGAUUCAAAUCUUUCUUUUCUUCCUUCUUUGCAGGAAUCAUUGUGGCUUGUGGGAUACAUCUUUGGCUUCGGAACAUACAAGAAGAUGCAAAUGCCAUCAACUGGGAUGCUGAACGAAAGAGGGCUGUGGCUGCCACGGAGUCUCUUGUCCCCGAGUCUGUUGAAUGGAUGAACUCGCUGGUCGGAAUUGUUUGGAAUUUGAUUAACCCAGAAAUGUUUGCUGCAAUGGCAGAUACCCUCGAAGACGUCAUGCAAGCAUCUGUUCCUCCAGCCUUGAUUCAGAAUGUCCGAGUGUCUUCCAUUGGACUCGGAGACCAAGCUUUCAAGGUCCUGUCUUUGCGCGCUCUGCCAUCUGCGGAAGGAGAUAGCCCAUCGAAACACAAGUCUGCAGGAAAUGAAAAGUCCCAGGAGGAAAAGGACUUGAUGAAGGAGCAGCGCGAGCUUGAAGGAGAGGAUGAUGAGGACUCAAAGUACUACAAUCUUGAGAUGUCCUUCGCAUAUCAUGCCAUACCUGCGAAGGGUGUUAUUGGGAAAGCAAAGAACUUGCAUCUCGAGGUCAUCUUCUAUUUGGGAGUUCAAGGUCUCGUAGGAGUUCCUCUUCCAAUCUUCGUUGAAUUGAAUGGUAUUAUCGGAACGGUCAGACUUCGAUUUCAGCUUACACCGAAUCCCCCUUUCCUGAAGAAUGUCACAUUCACAUUCAUGGGUCUGCCAAAGAUCGAUGCUUCAGCUGUUCCUCUUACAUCCAAGGGCAUCAAUGUUCUGGAUCUGCCUUUGAUUUCUGGAUUCGUCAAUUCUUCAAUCGCUGCGGCAUUGGAUGUCUAUGUCGCUCCAAAGUCUCUGAUCAUGGACAUGUCAAAGAUGAUUCAAGGAGAUGCCGUCAAGAAAGAAACGGACGCCAUGGGAUUGAUUUACAUCAAGAUCAAGCGUGCAGAAGGGAUUGCUGCUCAAGACCGCUCUGGCAAGAGCGACCCAUUCAUCACACUGGCUUUUUCGGAGUUUGGGAAGCCGAUGUAUUGCACGAGGAUCAUUGAGCAAGACUUGAAUCCUGUUUGGAACGAACAGACGUGCCUGCUUAUUUACCAGGACCAAUUGAAGGCUGGCGAGAAGCUUUCAGUUGAAUUGUGGGACUCCGAUAUGAUUACCGCUGAUGAUGUAGUUGGGAAGGUCGAUUUUGAUCUCAGAGACUUAAUCAAGAAUCAUGGGAACAAGAUCACUGAGAGGGCUGAUGAGCUAUGUGAUGAGAAGGGGGAGAAGUUGCCCGGGAAAUUGUACUGGGAUAUUGGGUACUUUCCUCGAUCCGAGUUCAAGGCCUCCAUGAAGACGGAUGGGAAGAACGUCGCGGUCCCGGAAGAGAUUAGGCAUCGGCCUGAGUUUGAUGACGAUAAAGGCGUGGUCACAACACAGCAAGAGAUUGAUGUCACUACAACACCUCCGGAUCCAUCACUUCCGACUGGAAUCUGUUCAAUAUUGAUUCAUCAAGUCGAGAACCUUGAGGUUGAGAGGCAAUCAGGAAGCUUUGGCUCCUAUAAGCCGUGGACACCAGCUCAAGUGACAGGGGAGAAUACGGACGAAGAGGGAGAUGACCACCCAUCAUCCUACUGCACCAUUCUGCAAAAUGAUGAGCUAGUGUUCAAGACCAGGACAAAGGUCAAAUCUUCCGCACCCAUCUUCAACGCGCAGACCGAGCGAUUUGUCAGAGAUUGGAGGAAUGCUGUUUUCACAGUGACUUGUCGUGACUCUGUUCACAGAGAGCAUGAUCCAAUUCUCGGAGCAGUUACGCUGAAGCUGAGUGAGAUUCUGCAGACGUCUUCCCAGAGUACUGCCGUCUAUGCCCUGGAUGGCGGGAUGGGCUACGGAAGAAUUACGAUCUCAGUCUUGUUCCGAUCUGUAGGCUUGCAAUUACCGAGGGAACUGUUGGGCUGGGAUCUUGGAUCGCUGGAGGUUCUAGGGCAGAAAGUCCUCGUGGAGGACGGUAACCAAUUGGCUGGUACUAGAAUUGCCAUCCAUACAGAUGUUGGCAAAGGAUCCAUCUCUCGCAGUUGGAUUGAUAAGGACAACCCAAAUGGAGUUGCGUGGGAUCUGCAACAAGUAACAGAAGGCGACAAGGCCUUGCAAAAGCAUCGAAUACUCAUGCCGGUACGCCGACGAUAUCAAUCUCCAGUAAAGUUUGAGUUCUACAGCCGAGGCAAUCGAAAGCCUAUUGGUUACGCUAUAUCUUGGCUUUGUGAUUUGGAGGACAACAAGGAGACUGUCUUGGGCCUACCAGUGUACAAGUCGGAUGAGGGCAUGCAGAAUUAUCAUUCCGAUGCUAAGGGCGAGAAGAUUGGAACCCUCAAUUUGAUUGUCCGGUUCAAGAUGGGUAUGGACGGUUCGCACAUGCAGUGGAUCAAGACGAAUGAUGAACAUGAGACGUUCGAGUCUUGGAGGUGCAGUGUAGCGGAAGGCUAUAGAACUCGAAUUGUGAAGAGGGAAACGCCCGAGACAGUGAAAGAACUUCUACAGGAUAGCAAAGUCGAUGGCCCAAACACCAAGAUGGAUGAAUCCGAGGACGAGAGUGAGCAGGUUGCUCGUGUUCCUCGUGGUGACAAUGUUGAGAAAGACAUAGAUGAACCUGGUGGAGAUGUGAAUUUUGGAGAUGAGCUGACCGACUUCAUGUCGCCUGUGUCGGAUGAUGAUGAUGAUUUGGUUGUCCAAGAAGAUUUUACUGAUUCAGAGCUCGAUGACGAGGAGUUGAAGAAGAGGAGACAAAAGCAGGACAAAGACGCACAAAAGGCUGAGCUGCAUCGGAAGCAUCGAGGGUCGAUGAAUAUUAAAGCGCUGAGGCAUUUGAAGUUCACCAAGGAUGAGGCGAAGGUUUUGGGGCACAAGAUCAAGGGAAGGUUCAGCAUGAAAGGAAGGGAGCCAGGUGUGGAAACAGAAUUAUAAUUUAGGUUAAUGUUCGAAGCUAUCAUCACUUGCGGGAACAGUAUGUUUCAGUCCUCCUGGCAGCAACUCAAAGUGCUCUGCCAUCGUCUCAAACAACAAUGUCAACUAACCCUCAUUCACACGGGCAUGGCAGGGUGGCGCCGCAUCUUCUUCUGAUUUCUGGAAAUAUAUAGCUUUUAUAGCUCAAUAUUCUAUAUAUAUAUCGGACGUCCAUCCUGCCCUCGCUGACGAGGGUAUAUACUACAUCGGAUUUUGGGUGAAAGGGGGCAAUUCCCCUGACGGUGCUAGAAGGGGAAGGCGGUCGCCGAGGGCGGUGAGUGCCGAGUGCCACCGAAAGGGGUUCUGCCGAUCUCCUUUAACCUCUUCGUC